AUGGCGGCAAUGGAUGAUGAAAAAGCUAUAGAUUUAGUUACUAAAAAACGAAAACUACAAAAUGAAGAGGAAGCUUGUCAUCAGAUUGAAACAAGAGCAAAUCUAGGAAAUAUGGAUAUCGUUGGGGUUUUAAAUGAUAAUCCGAGAGAGAAAUGCCUGUUCCUGCAUACGAAAAUUUCGGGAGACGACGCCGUUGUUUUGAUGGAGAAAACGCCAUUCGACACGAAGACUCUGACCCAACUGAUUUCUCAAGACACUUCAUUAAAGGAAACGCUCAAAAACGACAUUUAUUCUACUUUUGAAACGCAUCUUCCGUACCAUCUCAAUGUUGUGAAAACCACUUUAAUACACCCUGCAACAGCCAAACACCUUUCAAAAUACAGACAACAAAAGACUUUUGCCAUAUGUGAAACUGAAGAGAUGUAUAAAAAUGUUACAAAACCAUUUCUACAGGAACAGAAAUUCAGUAUACAAUGGGUGUAUAAUAUCUUGGAUAAGAAGAGUGAAUCAGAUCGAAUAGUUUUUGAGGAUGCUUGUCCCAAGGAUGGAUUUGUUUUGCUACCAGACAUGAAGUGGAACAGAAAGGAUUUAAGCCAACUCUACUUGGUGGCUAUUGUACACAACAGGGAUAUUUUGUCUUUGCGUGACCUCAACCACACCCAUCUGCCAAUGCUGAACAAUAUCCUUCAUAAGGGAAUGGAGGCGAUCAGAAAGCAGUUUACAGUGAUGCCCAGUAAGCUGCGAGUAUAUGUACACUAUCAGCCAUCGUAUCACCAUUUCCAUGUACAUUUCACUCACCUUGAUCUAGAUGCUCCAGGGUUUGAGGCUGACCGUGCCCAUCUUUUACAAGACAUUAUAGAUAAUAUCACAAUUAAAUCAGACUACUACCAGAAAAAAAGUAUCGUGUUCAAACUUCGCGAAUGUGAUGGACUGUACAUAAAGUACAAGGAAUCUAGGUACUUUAAUUAGUACUUUAUUUUUAUCAAAUAAUAAAUCUAAAUGAAAUCUUGUUUGGUCUUCUAACCACCUGAUUUUCAUUUCGUAAAUACUUUAAAUGCCUCUUUUGUCUAACAUUAAACCUAAGGUUUUAGAUCACUUUUCACCACCACAUAGAUGUGAUAAAUUCAUGGUCUCACAGGGAAAUAGUAACUUUGAAAGCAUUUUGAGUUUCAACACAAUUAACCGAGACAGUUAAAUCAAAUUCAAAUUUAACGUAAACUAAGAAAUGGUUUGUUUACUGCCGAGAAAAGAAAAUUUUCCCUGAUGCUUUUAAAUUGUCCCGAGUUAUAAUCUGCGAGCAGGUUUAUAUCUGAAAGCUAUCGGUACAAAAUCCAUACUAUUUGAUAACGUGAAUCUGUCGUCGGAUAAAACCAGUACAAUUGUAAGAAGCCCACGACGAGAACUACAUCAAACUGAAUAAAAAAUUCCUGCUUUAUGUGUUAUCUCAGCGACCUUCUUCAAACCAGGUAUAUAUUAUUACAUACCCUGUUUACUGCUAGAAAUUUGCUACUUGUACAAUUAAACAGAAAUGCAUAGUAUUUGGAUAACACUGCGUGAUACUUUAAAAUGUACUGUAGACGUCAUUUUAUGGAAAUGAUUAUCUGUAAAUGGUGUAAUGAUAUAAUCUUGUGUAUUGAUGUUGUACAUUUAUUUAACCUUUCAUCCUUUCCAACCCAGUCUCUCUCCCCAUACUCGCCCUUUCAAUACCACUUCUCAAUCAUCACACUGUGUUGUAGAACUAAUUAAAUAAAAGGUCUGUAUUA